CAGAGGGAAUUUGUGAGCCAUUUUGCCUGCUGACAGAUUUAUAUACUUAAGGGGUCUUAGGGAUAAGAAAAUCCUGGAGCCUGAGGAAAGGACAGCAGCUUUGCUGAACCUCACUGCUAACAUGUUGUACCUGGAAAAUGCUGCCCAGUCUCAGUACAAUGAGCCACAGUACACAAAUCUGGGGCUUCUAAAUAGCAUGGACCAGCAAAUUCAGAAUGGCACAUCUUCCAGCAGCCCCUACAACACUGACCACGCACAGAACAGUGUCACGGCACCUUCACCUUAUGCUCAGCCCAGCUCAACAUUUGAUGCACUCUCCCCAUCUCCUGCCAUUCCUUCCAACACAGACUACCCUGGUCCACACAGCUUCGAUGUGUCAUUUCAGCAGUCAAGUACAGCCAAAUCUGCAACAUGGACGUAUUCCACGGAACUAAAGAAGCUUUAUUGCCAAAUUGCAAAGACGUGUCCCAUACAAAUUAAAGUAAUGACUCCGCCUCCCCAAGGUGCGGUGAUCCGAGCCAUGCCAGUAUAUAAGAAAGCUGAACAUGUCACUGAAGUUGUUAAAAGGUGUCCAAAUCAUGAGCUUAGUCGAGAAUUCAAUGAGGGUCAAAUAGCACCACCAAGUCACCUUAUCAGAGUGGAAGGAAACAAUCAUGCACAGUAUGUUGAAGACCCCAUCACUGGACGGCAGAGUGUUUUAGUACCUUAUGAACCACCACAGGUUGGCACAGAAUUCACAACCAUCUUGUAUAACUUCAUGUGCAACAGUAGCUGUGUAGGUGGGAUGAACCGACGCCCAAUUCUUAUCAUCGUAACCUUGGAGACAAGGGAUGGUCAGGUUUUGGGUCGACGUUGCUUUGAAGCCCGUAUUUGUGCCUGUCCAGGCAGGGACCGCAAAGCAGAUGAAGACAGCAUCCGCAAGCAGCAGGUCACAGACAGCUCAAAGAAUGGUGAUGGUACGAAGCGCCCUUUUCGGCAGACUACACAUGGCAUCCAGAUGACGUCCAUCAAAAAACGUCGGCCAACAGAUGAUGAAUUAUUAUACCUGCCGGUACGAGGUCGAGAGAUUUAUGAGAUGCUGCUGAAGAUCAAGGAAUCCUUGGAGCUGAUGCAGUACCUUCCACAGCACACAAUUGAGACGUACAGACAACAGCAGCAGCAACACCUUCUCCAAAAACAGCCUUCUCUGCAGUCACAGUCAUCGUACGGCAGUAGCUCCCCGCCUCUCAGCAAGAUGCCCAGCAUGAACAAACUGCCAUCUGUCAGCCAGCUCAUUAACCCACAACAGCGCAACACCCUCACACCUAACACCCUGACGGAAAGCAUGGGGGGAGGCAUUCCCAUGAUGAGCAGCCACCUACCUAUUAACACUGAUCUAAGCGGACUCAGCCCAACACAGGGGCUUCCACAACCUUUGCCGAUGGCAUCAACGUCUCAUUGCACGCCUCCCCCUCCUUACCCUACAGACUGCAGCAUUUCAAGUUUUCUAACGCGAGUAGGAUGCUCAUCAUGUCUGGAAUAUUUCACAACCCAGGGGCUGAACAACAUUUAUCAGAUUGAACAUUUCUCUAUGGAAGAUUUGAUAAGUUUAAAGAUACCUGAACAGUUCCGAAAUGCAAUUUGGAAGGGACUUGCGGAACACAGGCAAGUUCAUGAUUUCUCUACCCCACCCCAUCUUUUGCGCAGCUCCAGCGGUGCCUCAACAGUCAGUGUUGGAUCCAAUGAGACUAGAGGAGAGCGAGUCAUUGAUGCCGUUCGCUUCACCUUAAGGCAGACCAUUUCUUUUCCACCCCGUGAUGAGUGGAGUGACUUCAAUUUUGAUAUGGAUGCCCGUCGGAACAAACAGCAGCGCAUCAAAGAAGAAGGGGACUAAGUUUUGAAUGAAAAAGAAAUGGAAGGCAUGUUCUGACCUUUGACUUUCACAUGGAUUGGAGCUCUUUUCAUCUAUUAUUUGGUGCUCACCAGCUCUAGCAAGACAAAGCAAUUCCAUAUUUUCUUCUUUUGGUAUCCCCAAAAACCAGAGUGGGCAUCAGUUUGGAUGGUACUGCAAAAAUAUUUGACAAUAAAAUUAAACCUUUAGGUCAGAAAAUGCUACUGCAGACUGUUGAUUUGGAGUUACAUUUUACAUUUCUUUAUUCAAAGGUUGCACUUAAGGAGCUUUUAGAACAGUUUUAUAUAUUUUUUUUUUUUUUUGCCCACUUGCAGUGUUUGCAGAAAGGGCUUAUCUACUGGGUUACAUGGUGAAAUAUCUGCGCACAUAUUGGUGUAGACUCUGUUUUAUUUGUACAGGUGUGUCAUUUCAAGUCUUCCUCUAAAAAAGAAAUGCUGUAUGUACAAAUACAAUUUUGAGUAUUCGUUUGGAUAUAUUUUUGUGCUAGAGCACUUCUGCUGUGGAAAAUAGUGGAAUAUUUUCAUCAGUGCAGUGAAUGAUUACCAUUUCCCAGAAAGAAACCAUGUUUACUUGAAUGUUUUUGUUUAUAAAAUGAGCAAUUUGAUGUUGAUUCUGAAUUCUUUUCUGCAUCUGCCAGCAGUUUGAAAUGAUGGAAAUUCCCUAAUUUUUGAGGCACAGUAUUUUCCGUACAAUUCUUGCAGUAUGUUAACUGUAUAGCUACUACUUGUGUAGGUGAUCUAAUUUUUCUUCCCCCAUCAGUAAGUAAGAAAGAAAGAAUGAUAUAUGUGAGAAAACUCUCACUGAUGAAAUAUAGCAGUUGUUUGGGUUAGGACCCACCCUAGCACUUAACAUAGAAGGUGACAGGCUGUGUAGGAGUGCUAAUAGUUGUAUUUAUCCUCACCCCCUGCCCACCAUUUAUUUUUCAUCAUUGACUAAAUAUUAUUUGGCAGCACAGUGGCAUGGCAGAUGACAUUGUCGCCUAAAAAGAGGUUCUCCCGUUCUGUUGUUGGCUUGAGUACCUUCUAUGCAGAAUCUGCAUGUGCUCCCUGUGUUCGCUUGAGAUUCCUCAGGGUGCUCCAAUUUCCUCCCACAUUCCAAAGACACACAAAAGGUGGAUUGGACACUCUAAACUGACUAGAGGUAUGAGUGUGCCUAUGAGUGUGAGGUGUGGAAGAAAACCCGCAGCAGGGCUAGCCACAGUACGAUGUGAUACUUGACAGUAGAUGAUCGUUACUGUUGAAGUGACCCCCUGACCACUUAUGUAAAAUGCAAAAGGGGUUGUGGAUGGAUGGCUUUGUCCAUCAGUAAUAUUGCAUUCCAAUUAGUGGCCUUACAGUGGGUUUCUCUUGAGCUGAACAAGCUGGAGGUUACUACAGAGACUAGGCAGCCCAGUUGUGCUGUUUGUAAGGGCACCAUUAUGUUUGGAUUUUUACAGGGUGAGGGGGAGAAUGGAUCAAGUGGUGAAGAUUGUCAGCAGUAACAAAACUACAGAGGACUGAACAGGACAGAGAUGGCAAUUCACAAAUUUGAACUUAAAUUUGUCUAAACACUGUUUGUUUCAGUAUUAUCACAGAAACAGCAGCUACAGAAUCUGAAGCAUUUUAUGUUGGCAUUGCUCAAUGUUGUCAAAAACAGUGUUUUUGUGAUACCAUAUUUUGCAGUUGCGUAGAGAUGUAUAUAAUCUUUUUUUUUUUUUUUUUUUUUUACUGUAAAAAAAACAUUUGUUAUUGUUGUAUUGUACCAUAUAUGUUUUUUUUCCUUUUCCUCUUGGGAAUUGUGGGCCUUCAAGACUGUGGAAGUAUAAAGCCAUUUAUUUUAUAUUAUUAAAAUUCUGGUAAAGGUUAUCACCAGUCAUAUGGUUACUAUGAAAGAAACAGAAAUUGUAUUAUAGAAAUUUUUUAUAUUGAAAUUACUUUUUUUGACUAAACUUGAAGCCGUUUAGCUUUAUAAAAGGGAAGAGUUUAUUUUUUAUUUUGAUUUUCUACUUUAAAAGCUGGAAGUCCAAUAUUUCAAGGUUUUGAUGUGCUCAGCAGAAUGUACAGAAAUGUUUAUAUUGAUUAGAAGGAAGAUAGUUGCCUCAGUUGUUGGUAGAUGGGACAGCUGUAAUAUUCUUAUCAGCUGCCUGACUGCAGUUAGUAAAAAAAUUCAUAAUAAGUUUACAGUUUUCACAGGAUUUUGAAAAGCAUUUAACAGAUUUCAUUAUUGCAUAGGAUGCAUCAGCUCUCCAUUGUCUUGGUCCAGUUUUUAAGCAGUGCAGUUUUACAGCUGGCAUCUUUUGAAAGAGGUCUUUGUAUAAAAAUUUGUUGACCAUCACUACUAUUAAAAGUGUCGUUUAGACUUUCAUACCUGA